UGUUCUUAGUGAAAAUGGAUUCCGAGAAUCAAAUGGAAGCUGGUAUUCAACCGGAAGCUCAAUUCAACGUAUUCAGCGAUAAACUAAUUCGACUGAAAUUUAUUCGUAAAGUUUAUGGAAUUGUGUGUAUACAAUUAAUGGUCACUUUGGGAUUCGUUUUGGCCUUCAAUUUAUCACCGGAACUUGGAUAUUUAGCUGCCGAACCGGGCUUAGGUAUUGUCGCGGUCAUUGUUUCCUUGGCUUCCUUGAUCACCUUGGCCUGUUGUGGGGCCGCUCGGAGCUUUCCCUGUAAUAUAAUUUGUCUCGGUAUAUUCACUUUAUCCGAAUCAAUUUCGGUCGCAUUCAUUACCGUGUCUUCCUCAAGCGAAGUCCUGAUUUACGCCAUAAUUGUCACGACGAUCGUUGUUGUCUCAUUGACCUUAUUUGCCUUUCAAACUAAGAUCGACUUCACGGUUUGCAAUGGAAUCUUAUUCAUCUUUUUGAUUAUUUUACUGGUAUUUGGUAUUCUGGCGGUUUUCAUACGGAACAAAAUUUUCCAUCUUCUCUAUGCUUGUGGUGGAGCAUUAAUAUUUUCACUCUAUUUGAUUAUCGACACUCAAAUGAUCGUCGGUGGUAACCGAAAGCAUCAAUUUUCACCCGAAGAUUAUGUUCUAGCUGCGAUUACUUUGUAUCUCGACAUAAUUAAUCUUUUCAUUUUCAUUUUACGGAUUUUAAAUUCUAAUAAUUAACAA